UCGAAUGCACCGUGUGCAAAAAACAAUUUCAGAAGGAAUACCUUUUAAAAGUGCACAUGCGUAGACACACUGGUGAAAGGCCUUAUGUUUGUCAGCUUUGCAAAAUCGGAUUUAGCGAUAGAUCCUAUUUGAGACAGCACCUAAACUCUCAUUCAAAAGAAAAAUCAUUCUCGUGCGAUUACGAAGGUUGCAAAUUUACUACUUUAUGGCUAACUAGUAUCCGGCGACACAUGUCUGUGCAUCGCCCUAAAGGAAAUGUUCCUAAAGACGAAGACAACAUAUAUGAAUGCACCGUGUGCAAAAAAAAAUUUCGGCAAAAAGCGUAUUUACAAAACCACAUGCUUAGACACACUGACGAAAGGCCUUAUGUUUGUGAGCUUUGCAGUAAACGAUACGCCAAUAGCUUCACACUGAGAAAUCACCUAAACUGUCAUUCAAGAAAAAAACUAUUCUCGUGCGAUUACGAAGGUUGCAAAUUUACUACUUUGUGGCUAAGUAAUAUCGAGCAACACAUGUCUGUGCAUCACCCUAAAGGAAAUGUUUCUAAAAGUCCGAACAAAGAACCAGACACCAAACGAUCUGAUUGUGGCCGAUGUGGAAAAAUUUCCGAGAGUGCAAUACACUUAAAACUUCACAAAACAUCUGACACUGAACAAGAAUCUUAUGAAUAUGAAAACUGUAAGAAUGAAGUUACAAGAAUGUCCGAUUUAAAUACAGAUAAUUGCGAAUUUCAUCCUGUCGACAAAAAUCCUUCCUUAUUCAAGGAAGUGAAAGAGGAUAGUAGAGAAAUUACAAGUAAGAGUAAGAAGAGGGAAUACGAUCCAUGUUUUAGUGUAGAAACUGAUUCGGUUGAAGAACUAUUCGGAUAUUUUCUUCAAUCAGAUUCAAAUGAAAGUAAAAACUUCAUUUCUGAAGUGAUAACUGGCCUACCAGAUGACAUUGAAGGUAGUCGUGAAGACACCAACUUCGAAACACUAUUGGAACAAUUGUCAUCUUUAGAUCUGUUUCCCGAACUACGAAUAGGCGAAGGUGAAUUGGAAUGUGUCCUGUGUAAAGUAAAGUUUAGUGACGAAUUUUCUCUUAAAGAACAUGUGACAGAGUUUCAUUAAGAAACAUUUUUUAUCGUGUUGAAAAUAUCUAAGCAGCUUUUAUUUUACGAUAUUUUUUCGAAAUUCUUUUUGAUUUUAUCAUGGUU